AUGAAUAACAUUGAAAGAGCAUGUCGUGUCUUGCAAGAAAUUAUCCAAACCGAUCAAACAACCAUAAGCAAAUUUAAAGAAACUUCCGAAAUGUUUAAUUUCUGGUUGACUAAUAAUUUGGAUUGUUUUACAUUGGAUCAGCAAAUUUACUUGAGAUUUCAAUAUAAAAAACUUGAUCAAAUUUAUUGGGUGAUGAAGGAAUAUUACGAUAGGCUGAAUGUUGUUGUGGAUUCAUCAAAUUAUGAGGCAUGUUUCGAAUUGUGUGUUGGAAACUUGUCUAAAUUUUUGGAUAAUGAUUUGUUUAUGGAAACUUUCAUUGUCAAUUCCAUUACCUUUGAUUGCAAUGUUUGGAAAGGAAUUUAUAACAAGAUAUUUACUAAUGAAAUGAUGAUUAAUUUUUAUUUCCUUUCAAGAUUAUCCAGAUAUAUCCUUUUAUAUCGAGAUUUACAGAAAUAUCUCGAGGAUACUGAUCAAAAAGAGAAAACUGAUUUGCUCUUAAAGAAAUUAACUGAAAAAAUUGUGUUUUUCUCAGAACAGAGUACAUUUCUGAAGGAUGUGAAGAAGAAUACUGAAUUUCUGCAAUCAAUAGAAUUGUACAUGUUCGAUUAUCUUUUGGUUGGGUUGGAAUUUGAAAUUAUUAACAGUAAGGAGAUUGGGAAUCAAUUGAUUGAGAAUGGAUCGAUUGCAAUUUCCAAAUUGGGUGAAUUGCUUUUAUUCAAACCAAAUAGUAAUGAGAUAAUUUAUCAACACUUCUUAAAAGUUAACAUUAAUUCAGAUGCAGAAUUGGGCAAUUAUGAGAGAGAAUUGGAAAAGGUUGUUGAUAUUAGAGAUAUGAAACGUAUUCGAUUGUUUUAUGGAAAAGAUGAGAUUCAAAUCAAUUCUAAAGAAUAUCAAAUUAUUUUCAGAUUUAAAAAGAAGGAAAAUCAAAUUUCCAUGUGGAAUGCACUCACCAUGAAACGAAAGGCCAUGCCAACUUAUUUUGAGUUUAAAAAGGCAGGAAAUUAUCAUGAUAUUGACUUUUCUUUCGAAUAA